CGUGGGAAGCGGUUCCGGGGCAGCCGAGUCUAUGCACUCUUCUGAGGCCAGUGCCACAGGACGAGAAAGCGGCAGGCUCAAUUCCUUUGGUUCUCCAUUUAUCGUUUUUGGACUCCGAACUGCUCUCCAACCAUGUCCAUCACUUCAUCUUGAUACAUGUUAUUACUCUAUCCUACUUGCCCUUGCAUUCAGGAAGGCUCUUCAAGAAUUACCCUUGUUUGUUUAAUUUAAUAGAAUUAUGAAAAGUUUGAGAAAUAGCAAUAGAGAUAAAUUAAAACAUGGAUCUCCCCUGAAGCCCUGCUUUUUAUAGCUUUCUGUGGAGUCGCUAACCGAAGAUUUAGUAACAUUAGUAGGGAAAUGGAUAAACAGCUUAGUCCUGAGUAUUUUUUACAGUAGUUUUGGUGAAGAGUUUAUUAUGUGUCUUGUUACUUGUUUUAACCAAUUUCGUCAUUUAAAAAUUUUUGUGAACAUCAAGGGAGAUUUAAACUGUUAAAAAAAAUCUUUAGAAAGCAAAUACUUACCUCACCCAGUGAAAACUUUUACCCAAGAGCUACGAGAUUAUAUUAGAGUCAUAUUAGAUAGGUGGUCUUUCACCGUCUUUUUCCCUGUCUCUUCUGAAGGUCAAAGGGCGAUUGACAUAUAUCCUUAUCCAGUGAGUGUGCUCUGCUUAAUAGAGUAGGAGAAUUCAGGAGCUGCCAGGCAAGCCAAAUAUUUGAUGACCCCACUCUUCCUUUAACCCAGUAUAUUGUCUGAGUUUUCUAUAUUUUUCCAAGAACAGCAGAAAAUGAGUAAAUCCCAGAUUGAACAGAAAUUACAGGGAUCAGUAUCAUUUAAGGAUGUGACUGUGGGCUUCACCCAGGAGGAGUGGCAGCACCUGGACCCAAUUCAGAGAUCCCUAUAUAGAGAUGUUAUGUUGGAGAACUACAGUAACCUUGUUUCAGUGGGGUAUUGUAUUACCAAACCAGAGAUGAUCUUCAGGCUUGAGCAGGGAGAGGAGCCAUGGAUAUUGGAGGAUGAAUUCCCAAGCCAGAGCUCCCCAGAAGUCUGGAAAAAUGAUCACAUAAAAGACAGGACCCAAGAAAACCAGUCUAAACAUGUGUGGGAAGUUGUAUUCAUCAGUAACAAAAUGCUAACUGAAGAACAAGGAUUUGUUAUCAAGAAAAACCAUUUGGGAAAAAAGAUCAAUGAAUUUCCCUGUGGAAAAUUGCUACUUAGUAUUAAACAUGAGAAAAUCAAAGAGAAAAGUGAACUUUUUCAAAAUGGGAAAACUGUCAGUCAUAACAAGGAUCUUAUUCAGCUUGAGAAGAUUCAAACUUCAGAGCAAAAUUUUGAAUACAGUAUAUACCGAGAAACCUUCCUUGAAAAGGCAGUAUUUGAUACAUACAAGAGAGAGAUCCCUGAAGGGAAUGACUGUGAAUAUGAUGAAUAUGGACAAAUGUUCCAUGAUAACUCACCCUUCUUGUUCCAUCAGACAGCUCCCUCAAAGGAAAAUCACUGUGAUUUUAGUGAUUGUGGGAAAUCCUUACGUGUGAAGUCUACCCUUUUAAAACAUCAUGGCGCACAUAUGAAACAUUAUGAAUAUAAUGAAAGUGGUAAUAAUUUCAGGAGGAAGUUGUACCUCUCACAACUUCAGAAAACUCACAAAGGAGAGAAACACUUUGAAUGUAAUGAAUGUGGGAAAGCUUUUUGGGAGAAGUCACACCUCACUCGACAUCAGAGGAUACAUACAGGAGAGAAACGCUUUCAGUGUAAUGAAUGUGGAAAAACUUUCUGGGAGAAAUCCAACCUUACUAAACAUCAAAGAUCACACACAGGGGAGAAACCGUAUGAAUGCAAUGAAUGUGGGAAAGCCUUCAGCCACAAGUCAGCCCUCACAUUACACCAGAGAACACAUACAGGGGAGAAACCCUAUCAUUGUAAUGCAUGUGGGAAGACUUUUUACCAGAAGUCAGACCUCACUAAACACCAGAGAACACACACAGGACUGAAACCCUAUGAAUGUUAUGAAUGUGGGAAAUCCUUCUGUAUGAAUUCGCACCUAACAGUACAUCAGAGAACUCACACAGGUGAGAAACCCUUUGAAUGUCCUGAGUGUGGGAAAUCUUUUUGUCAGAAGUCACAUCUUACACAGCAUCAGAGAACUCACGUAGGGGAUAAACCCUAUGAAUGUAAUGCAUGUGGGAAAACUUUUUACCACAAGUCAGUACUCACCAGGCAUCAGAUAAUUCAUACAGGGUUGAAACCUUAUGAGUGUUAUGAAUGUGGGAAAACCUUCUGCUUGAAGUCUGACCUCACUGUACAUCAGAGAACUCACACAGGGGAGAAACCCUUUGCAUGCUCUGAAUGUGGGAAAUUUUUCAGCCAUAAGUCAACUCUGUCUCAACAUUAUAGAACCCAUACAGGGGAGAAGCCCUAUGAAUGUCACGAAUGUGGGAAAAUCUUUUAUAAUAAAUCAUACCUAACUAAACAUAAUAGAACACAUACAGGGGAGAAACCCUAUGAGUGUAGCGAAUGUGGGAAAACCUUCUGCCAGAAGUCACAGCUCACUCAGCACCAGAGAAUUCAUAUAGGGGAGAAACCCUAUGAGUGUAGUGAAUGUGGAAAGGCUUUCUGCCAUAAGUCAGCUCUAAUUGUGCACCAGAGAACACAUACAGAAGAAAAACCCUAUAAAUGUAAUGAAUGCGGAAAGUCUUUUUGUGUGAAGUCAGGACUUACUUUGCAUCAGAGAAAACACACAGGGGAAAAACCCUAUGAAUGUAAUGAAUGUGGGAAAUCUUUCAGUCACAAGUCAUCCCUCACAGUGCAUCACAGAGCUCACACAGGAGAGAAAUCUUGUCAAUGUAAUGAAUGUGGGAAAGUUUUUUACCGUAAAUCAGACCUUGCUAAACAUCAGAGAUCACACACAGGGGAGAAGCCCUAUGAAUGUAAUGUAUGUGGAAAAACCUUCUCUCAGAAGUCAAACCUCAUUGUACAUCAGAGAACUCACACAGGAGAAAAUAUUAUGAUUGAAGUGAAUAUUAGGAAUGUUGAGCCACAAUUCAGCAACUACUCUGCUUCAGAGAAUUCAUAUGGAGAAAGCUCCGUUGACGUCCUGAAUGUUCAGUAACUUUCAUCUACAGCCUGGCCUUAUUUUACUUGAAAGUGAUAUGAGGCAAAUCCCCAGACUGCAACAAGUAUAGGACAGUGUUAUUGAGAAGUAACAUUCCAUUGAAUAUCAUGUAACUCAUAGUGGCAUAAAACCUCAUAGGUUUUUUUUUUCUCUUUUUUUAACUUCAUAAAAAUUUUAGCAAAAAUACAAGCUAGGUUAUGUCAGAAUUUUUAUUGGGGAGAAAUCUGUCCAUUUGAGACAUGUAGCUUUAAGAUUUUAUUUAGAAGUAAUACAACAUUAGGAUUUUUUUCUAAUGUUAUAUUACAUAUAUAUAACAGUAGAUGCCACAUUUUUGAUAUGCCAUAUUUUGAUGGCAUAGUUAUUUUUAGGAAAUGUAACAAAUUGUGAUUUAAAGAUGUAAAUUGUGCAAUGUAAAGCUUUAAAAACAAAAAAAAGUAAAAUGAAAAAAUAGAUUCUCAAAAAUUUGCAAUAAUAGUGCAUAGAAUUCUCCUGUGCCCUUUAUGAAGCUUCUUCUAAUAAUAACAUUACAUAACUCUAACAUUCUAAAGUACAAGAAGUUGAUGGUACUCUGCUACUAAGUCAGAUACAGAACUUAUUCAGAUUUCUUUGUACUCUGUGAGUUUUUAUAUGUAUUUCUAUGAAAAUUUAUGGUUUGUAUGUUUGAGUAACCUUCAACUCAGGUUGCAGUAUCAGAAAGGAAUAUGGGAUCUGUAUUAUGUGAAGAUUACAAUGGAAUCCAGAUUUCACUAUGGAAGUUCCCUUCUGUUAAUAGUCAUAGCCUUUCUGCUGCUCUAAUCCUUGCAACCAUUUGAGUAUGAAGCUUUUUAGAAGCAGAGAUAAAUUGAAUAAUUAGGACAACAUUGAACACUUGUGAAGUAUCCUUUAACUUCACAGGACUUAUGUAUAUAUCUUAUAUAAACUAUAUAUGUUUCCUACACAAAACAGAAUUUAAUAAAAUUGUGAAUAGGAAAUAGUCUGAGUUUAGCAUUUGUUACAACAUCAGACACAUCUCCCACGUGUGUAGGGCCUGGAGCAUCAGCUUAAAAGGAAGCCCACAGAGCUAAUGUAUAACUUUUCAAAACUUACAAAUCAAAAUGUUCAAUAAAAAUGUAUUCUGUGUAUAGGCAUACCUAGGCCCUA